GAUCUAUAGAAAAAUAUAUUCCGUUCAUUUGUAUGAUAGAUCGGCAGGUGCUGUCUGUCUCUCGAAAGAGCAUUUCUAUCUUCUCAAGAAUUCUUGCUCUCUUCUUCCCCGCCACGUUCUUCCAAAUCUCUGCUCCUAGAUUCCUCAAAUCUCAAAUGAAGAAUGCCUUUCGAGAAUCCGAUACCGACAUGGGAAACUGUGACGAUGACGUUGCGGAGGAAGACAAUAGCAUAGGUCGCUGCCUCGAUCUCACGAGCUUCCAGCUCCACGAUCUCGGCGAAGUUGAAAUUCCGGAGGACCUCGAGGAGCUAGAUCUCACGGCCAAUCGGCUUUCUAAGCUAGACCAUCGGAUCGGGCUCCUCGCUCAGCUUAAGAAACUUUCUUUGCGGCAGAAUCUCUUUGAUGAUGAGGGCAUCCGGCCUUUAUCCGGUUGGAGUACUAUUUCUGGUUUGCAAGAACUUGUUUUGAGAGACAAUAAGCUGUCUAAAAUACCUGAUGCCACCAUUUUCAAGGAUCUUCUUGUGUUUGAUGUUUCUUUUAACGAGAUAUCUUCAUUGAAUGGUUUAUCAAAGGUUUCAAAUACACUCAAAGAGCUUUAUGUUUCCAAGAACGAAGUGGCAAAGAUGGAGGAGCUUGAACAUCUACAUGCAUUACAAAUUCUUGAACUCGGCUCAAAUAGAUUUAGGGUGAUGGAGAACUUAGAAAACUUGACAAAUUUAAAAGAGUUGUGGUUAGGAAGAAAUCGUAUUAGAGCAGUGAAUUUGUGUGGGUUGAAAUGCAUAACAAAAUUAAGUUUGCAGAGCAAUCGACUGACAUCAAUGUUAGGAUUUCAGGAAUGUGUUGCGCUAGAGGAAUUAUAUUUAAGCCAUAAUGGUAUUGCUAAGAUGGAAGGCUUAUCUACUCUUCAAAAUCUUCGCGUUCUUGAUUUAGCUUCGAACAAACUAACUGCGAUUAACGACAUUGAGAAGCUGAAUAGGUUAGAAGACUUGUGGCUUAAUGAUAAUCAAAUACCAUCGUUAGAAGGCAUUGAUUUUGCAGUAGCUGGUUCUAAGGAGAAGCUCACGACCAUAUAUCUAGAACACAACCCAUGUGCAAACUCUCCAAACUAUUCCGCAACAUUGAAGCGAAUAUUUCCUAAACUGCAGCAAAUUGAUUCAGAUGUAUUUAUGUGAUGAUCACACAUCGAGACAGUUAUUGUUACUAAUGCUUUUGGUAACAUCUUUUUUAACUUUUUUUUAAUUUAUUCUCUUUAAUUAAUUGCAUGCAUAGAACAGAAUUAGUGUAUCAGUUUAACUAUGGUUAAUUCCCUCCCCUUCACACAUUGUCUGCUUGCUGAUUUAUUUUUGGGGCAUUUACAUAUA